GAAUGUAUAUUAUUCGAUAUAAUGAAAUUUGUGAAUCAUUGAAAAAAGAGAUUUUUGAAGAUGUCAUUAUGGAAAAAUAUGGAUUUAAAGGAGUGAGAAUUGUCAGACUCUUAUACGAAAAAGGCAAAUUGGAUGAAAAAGCAGUAACUUACAGAAUUAAUGAGCGGGGGUUUUGUACAAAUACAAGUAAUUUAUCAAGCUGUCAAGAAGUCCCACGAUCGGCAGAUCGAGCACCAUCAAGAACAUUUUAUCUAUGGGAUAUAGAUUACAAAAAAUGUUAUGAUGUAUUGUUGAAUAAUUAUUAUCAAACACUUGCUAAUAUACAUCAAGUGAGAUUUGAUUAUGAAUCGGGAGCAUCAAGACUCCUAGAAAAGAAAGAAAAAGAAGAUGCAUUACGACAAUUGAAUAAGAGCUCUAAUAUACAAUUAUUGAAUGAAACAGAAAGGAAAAAAUUACAUGAAUUGGAGCAAAUAUUGACCCAAUUGGAUACUGUACAAUUGAGAAUUGUGCAAAAUAUUAUGUUGUUUAGAAAAUAUAAAUAAAAAAUCGGGGAUAAUAAAAUCACUGUUGUCA